CAAACUGCGUUUUGAGACCGUCGUGCGUGUUUCAGACGUAUAGUGCAGUUUCGGGGAUAAAGAAAAGAGUGAACUUUUCAAAGUGUGUUAUUAUUGUGGUGUGCACGUAAUUCGUGUACACUAAGCUAGUUUUUGCAUAAUUAGGAACAUACAUGAGUGCUGUGUAGUGUAUUUAGCCGUUUGUUUUUCCGCUAGCACCUGCUGUGCUGGUUGAUAAAAUAAUUUUCAUUUUGACCGCGUUUACAGUAAUAAGAAGUCAUGGCCGAUGUUACUGCACGUAGUUUGCAGUAUGAAUAUAAAGCGAACUCCAACUUGGUGUUGCAAGCGGACAGAUCUCUGAUCGACCGCACCCGCAGAGAUGAGCCCACCGGAGAGGUGCUGUCUCUGGUCGGCAAACUGGAGGGGACAAAGAUGGGAGACAGGAGUCAGAGAACCAAACCGCAGAUGCUGGAGGAGAGGAGAGCAAAGAGAAGAAAGAGAGACGAAGACAGACACGACAUAAACAAGAUGAAGGGCUUCACACUGCUGUCUGAGGGGAUUGAUGAGAUGGUGGGCAUUGUGUACAAGCCCAAGACCAAAGAGACCAGAGAAACUUAUGAAAUCCUCCUCAGCUUCAUUCAGGCAGCCCUUGGAGAUCAGCCGAGGGAUAUCCUGUGUGGAGCAGCAGACGAGGUGUUGGCUGUGCUGAAGAAUGACAAGAUGAGAGACAAAGAAAGGAGGAGGGAGGUGGAGCAGUUGCUGGGGCCUACUGACGACACACGCUACCACGUCCUGGUCAACCUGGGCAAGAAGAUCUCUGACUAUGGUGGAGACAAAGAGCUCCAGAAUAUGGAUGACAACAUUGAUGAAACCUAUGGAGUCAAUGUGCAGUUUGAGUCUGAUGAGGAGGAGGGCGAUGAGGACCAGUACGGAGAGGUUCGGGAUGAAGGCUCUGAUGAUAGCGAGGGAGUGGAGGCAGAUGAGAGCAGCACCCUGACUGCUAACCUGGGAAACACAGGCGACGUAAUGAUGACCAAAAAGAAGGAUCUUCACCCCAGAGACAUUGAUGCCUUCUGGCUUCAGCGACAGCUCAGCCGCUUCUACAAUGAUGCCAUCGUGUCUCAGAAGAAAGCAGAUGAGGUCUUGGAGAUCCUUAAGACUGCCAGUGAUGACAGAGAGUGUGAGAACCAACUGGUGCUGCUUUUGGGCUUCAACACAUUCGACUUCAUCAAGGUCCUCCGCCAGCACAGACGAAUGAUCCUGUACUGCACCAUGUUAGCCAGUGCUCAAAGUGAGGCUGAGAAGGAAAAGAUCAUGAAUAAAAUGGAAGCUGAUCAGGAUCUUUCCAAAGUUCUUUACCAGCUGCAGGAGACUGAAAAAGAGGACAUCAUCAGGGAGGAGCGAUCUCGCCGGGAGAGAGUUAGAAAGUCUCGUGUGGAUGAUCUGGAGUCUAUGGACAUUGAUCAUGGAGAGGCUAUGACCUCGAGGCAACUACUAGAUCUGGAAGAUCUGGCCUUCACUCAGGGCAGUCACUUCAUGGCCAACAAGCGCUGCCAGCUGCCUGAUGGCUCCUUCCGCAAACAGAGGAAGGGUUACGAGGAAGUCCAUGUGCCCGCUCUCAAACCCAAAGUCUUUGGUGAUGAUGAGACGUUGAUGGCUAUUGAGAAGCUGCCCAAAUAUGCCCAAGCUGGAUUCGAAGGAUUCAAAACCUUGAAUCGCAUACAGAGUAAACUCUUCAAAACCACAAUGGAGACGGAUGAGAACCUGCUGGUUUGCGCUCCAACGGGUGCUGGCAAAACUAAUGUUGCUCUCAUGGCAAUGCUCAGAGAGAUCGGAAAGCAUAUUAACAUGGAUGGCACUAUCAAUGUUGAUGAUUUUAAAAUAAUCUACAUCGCUCCAAUGCGCUCACUGGUACAGGAGAUGGUGGGCAGCUUUGGCAAGCGCUUGGCUAGCUAUGGCAUCACUGUUUCUGAGCUGACUGGAGACCAUCAGCUGUGUAAGGAGGAAAUAAAUGCCACCCAGAUUAUUGUGUGCACCCCAGAGAAAUGGGACAUCAUCACCCGGAAAGGAGGAGAUCGCACAUAUACGCAGCUUGUGCGCCUUAUCAUUAUCGAUGAGAUCCACUUGCUGCAUGAUGACCGUGGCCCUGUUCUGGAAUCCCUGAUUGCUCGAACCAUCCGCAAUGUGGAACUGACACAGGAAGAUGUGAGGCUAAUUGGCCUCAGUGCCACACUGCCCAACUAUGAGGAUGUGGCGACCUGCCUUCGUGUGGAUCCAUCCAAGGGGCUCUUCUAUUUCGACAACAGUUUCCGGCCUGUGCCUCUGGAGCAAACCUAUGUAGGAAUUACAGAAAAGAAGGCUAUCAAACGUUUCCAGAUUAUGAAUGAGAUCGUCUAUGAGAAGAUCAUGGAACAUGCUGGAAAGAAUCAGGUGUUGGUGUUUGUGCACUCGAGAAAGGAGACCGGAAAGACGGCACGUGCGAUCAGGGACAUGUGUUUGGAGAAGGACACACUGGGGUUGUUCCUAAGAGAGGGUUCAGCCUCCACUGAGGUCCUUAGGACUGAAGCAGAGCAGUGCAAGAACCUGGAGCUGAAAGAUCUAUUGCCGUAUAGUUUUGCUAUUCACCAUGCUGGAAUGACCAGAGUGGACAGAACGUUGGUAGAGGAUCUGUUUGCUGACCGUCAUAUUCAGGUAUUGGUGUCUACAGCCACUCUGGCCUGGGGUGUGAACUUGCCAGCGCACACUGUCAUCAUCAAAGGCACACAGGUGUACAGCCCAGAGAAAGGCAGAUGGACAGAGCUGGGAGCCCUGGAUAUCCUACAGAUGCUGGGUCGUGCUGGCAGGCCGCAGUAUGACUCUAAGGGAGAGGGUAUUUUGAUCACUUCACAUGGAGAGCUGCAGUAUUACCUGUCCCUGCUCAAUCAGCAGCUGCCCAUCGAGAGCCAGAUGGUGACCAAACUACCCGACAUGCUCAAUGCAGAGAUAGUGUUGGGCAAUGUGCAGAAUGCCAAGGAUGCUGUAAAUUGGCUGGGUUACACAUACCUUUAUGUUCGGAUGUUGCGGAACCCCACUCUAUAUGCCGUCUCCCAUGACGACCGCAGCAUUGACCCCCUGCUGGAGCGACGCAGGAUGGACCUGGUGCACACGGCAGCCACUGUCUUGGAGAAGAACAACUUGGUCAAAUAUGACAAGAGAUCUGGCAACUUUCAGGUGACAGACCUGGGCCGCAUUGCCAGUCAUUUCUACAUCACCCACGAGUCCAUAAUGACUUACAACCAGCUGCUGAAGCCUACACUGAGUGAGAUUGAGCUCUUCAGGGUGUUCUCGCUCUCCUCUGAGUUCAGAAACAUCACCGUCAGAGAGGAAGAAAAACUUGAGCUUCAGAAACUGCUUGAGAGAGUCCCUAUUCCAGUGAAGGAAAGCAUUGAAGAGCCCAGUGCAAAGAUUAAUGUGCUGCUGCAGGCAUAUAUUUCUCAGCUCAAACUGGAGGGCUUUGCUCUCAUGGCUGACAUGGUCUAUGUGACACAGAGUGCUGGCAGGCUGAUGAGGGCCAUUUUUGAGAUUGUCCUGAGCAGAGGCUGGGCCCAACUUACCGAUAAGACUUUGAACCUUUGCAAGAUGAUCGACAAAAGGAUGUGGCAGUCGAUGUCUCCCUUGCGCCAGUUCCGUAAGCUUCCAGAGGAGGUCAUCAAAAAGAUUGAGAAGAAGAACUUUCCCUUUGAGCGCCUCUAUGAUCUGAACCACAACGAAAUUGGUGAGUUGAUCCGCAUGCCAAAGAUGGGGAAGACCAUUCAUAAGUAUGUCCAUCAGUUCCCAAAGCUGGACCUGGCAGUUCAUCUGCAGCCCAUCACACGCUCCACUCUGAAAGUGGAGCUCACCAUCACACCAGAUUUUCAGUGGGACGACAAGAUACACGGCUCAUCUGAGGCCUUCUGGAUCUUAGUGGAGGAUGUGGACAGUGAGGUCGUUCUUCAUCAUGAGUACUUCCUCCUGAAGGCCAAGUAUGCUCAGGAUGAGCAUCUUGUCACUUUCUUUGUGCCCGUGUUUGAGCCGCUGCCACCACAGUACUUCAUUCGCAUAGCUUCAGACCGUUGGCUGUCAUGUGAGACACAGCUGCCCGUUUCUUUCCGUCACCUGAUCCUGCCUGAGAAAUAUCCUCCCCCCACCGAGCUGCUGGACCUGCAGCCAUUGCCCGUGUCUGCUCUAAGAAACACAGCCUUCGAGAGCCUCUACCAGAAGUUUCCCUUUUUUAACCCAAUCCAAACCCAAGUGUUCAAUGCCGUGUACAACAGCGAUGAUAACGUAUUUGUUGGCGCCCCCACUGGCAGUGGGAAGACCAUAUGUGCUGAGUUUGCCAUUCUUAGGAUGCUCCUACACAACUCAGAGGGCCGCUGUGUCUACAUCACACCCAUGGAGGCUCUGGCCGAACAGGUCUUUAUUGACUGGCACCAGAAGUUCCAGGAGACUUUGAAUAAGAAGGUUGUCCUGCUCACCGGUGAGACGAGCACUGACCUCAAGCUGCUGGGUAAAGGCGACAUCAUCGUCAGCACCCCAGACAAGUGGGACAUCCUAUCCCGCCGCUGGAAACAGAGGAAGAAUGUGCAGAACGUUAGUCUCUUCCUUGUAGACGAGAUUCAUCUCAUUGGAGGUGACAAUGGACCUGUGCUGGAGGUGAUUUGCUCCAGAAUGAGGUACAUCUCCUCUCAGAUUGAGCGGCCCAUCCGUAUCGUGGCCCUCAGCUCCUCUCUGUCCAAUGCUAAAGAUGUGGCCCACUGGCUUGGCUGCAGCACUACGGCCACCUUCAACUUCCACCCUAAUGUCAGGCCGGUUCCUCUUGAACUUCACAUCCAGGGCUUCAACGUGAGUCACACACAGACUCGUCUGCUGUCCAUGGCUAAACCAGUGUAUCACGCCAUAAUGAAACAUUCCCCAUCCAAGCCAGUGCUGGUGUUCGUGCCAUCAAGACGUCAGACUCGUCUCAACCCUAUUGAUAUCCUCACCUUCUGUGCUGCAGACGUGGUCCCACAAAGGUGCUUGGAGAAGAUCUGUAUCGCAUAUAUUAGACACUAGCUUUUUAUACUGAGUGACAUUAGGUUAAUUGAGCUAAAAGAAGUGUUGCCCCCUUCUGCCCCCUGCUCUCUCAUGCCAGGUGCCAUUCAGGUGAUGGUGGCGUCUCGUUCUCUCUGCUGGGGCACCAACAUUUCUGCCCACCUGGUGAUUGUCAUGGACACGCAGUACUACAACGGGAAAAUCCAUGCAUAUGUGGACUAUCCAAUCUAUGAUGUGCUCCAGAUGGUAGGAAAGGCUAACCGUCCUCUCCAGGAUGAUGAGGGCCGGUGUGUUAUCAUGUGUCAAGGGUCCAAAAAGGACUUCUUCAAGAAGUUCCUCUAUGAGCCUCUGCCUGUGGAGUCUCACCUGGACCACUGUCUUCACGACCAUUUCAAUGCUGAGAUCGUCACCAAGACGGUGGAGAACAAACAGGACGCUGUAGACUACAUGACCUGGACGUUUCUGUAUCGCCGCAUGACCCAGAACCCCAACUACUACAACCUGCAGGGUAUGUCUCAUCGUCACCUGUCAGAUCAUCUGUCUGAGCUGGUGGAAAACACCUUGCAAGAUCUGGAGCAGUCCAAGUGCAUCAGCAUCGAGGAUGAGAUGGAUGUGGCGCCUCUGAAUCUGGGCAUGAUCGCAGCCUAUUACUACAUAAACUACACCACCAUUGAGCUGUUCAGUAUGUCCCUAAACGCCAAGACAAAGGUCCGUGGCCUCAUCGAGAUCAUCUCCAAUGCUGCGGAGUAUAAAAACAUUCCCAUCAGGCACCAUGAAGACACCCUGCUGCGGCAGCUGGCUCAGAAAGUUCCUCACAAACUGAACAACCCCAAGUUCAACGACCCUCAUGUGAAGACCAACCUGCUGCUCCAGGCUCAUCUGUCCCGCAUGCAGCUGAGCGCUGAGCUCCAGUCAGAUACUGAGGAGAUCCUCAGCAAAGCUGUGCGACUGAUCCAGGCCUGUGUGGACGUGCUCUCCAGUAACGGCUGGUUGAGUCCAGCGCUGGCUGCCAUGGAGCUGGCUCAGAUGGUCACACAAGCCAUGUGGUCCAAAGACUCGUACCUCAAACAACUACCCCACUUCACUUCUGAACACAUCAAGCGCUGCAUGGACAAGGGUGUGGAGAGCAUCUUCGACAUCAUGGAGAUGGAAGACGAGGAUCGCACUGGUCUUCUGCAGCUUACAGAUGUACAAAUGGCGGACGUGGCACGCUUCUGUAACCGCUAUCCCAACAUUGAGCUGUCAUACGAAGUGACUGACAAAGACAACAUCAAGAGUGGAAGUCCAGUGGUCGUCCAAGUGCAGUUGGAGCGAGAAGAGGAAGUUACAGGUCCUGUCAUUGCUCCUCUGUUCCCUCAGAAACGUGAAGAAGGCUGGUGGGUUGUUAUUGGAGACCCCAAAUCGAAUAGUCUCAUCUCAAUCAAGAGGCUAACUCUUCAACAGAAGGCCAAGGUGAAACUUGACUUUGUGGCACCUGUUGUUGGUGUGCACAACUACACACUGUACUUCAUGAGCGAUGCCUACAUGGGCUGCGACCAGGAAUACAAGUUCAGCAUGGAGGUUAAUGAAGCAGACAGUGAGGGGGAAAGUGACAGUGAUUAAUCCCAGAUUAGUCAUAGUGGAUGGUUAUAUCAUGUUAAAGCAGUUUGUGUUUUUUAUGUUUUUUUGAAGAAUAUUGUGACCGUUUAAUUCAUUGUGAUUUAAAUAAAGAUGUACAUU